AGUAUCGUAGUACAUUUUUCCAGUACUUUUUCUACACCUACGUAGGGUCCCACAAAAUGCCGCCACAAACAAAGGACGAAGAGGUUGAUGGGAGGGAUGUCCUGAUUCCAGAGUGGGUGAAGCCGAACGCAUUUGAAGAUCUGUUAAAAAAGGAGGUCAAGGACUUCAAGCAGACUAAGUCUCUAAGGGCAAAGGCCGGAGUUUCUGCUGGAGAGAACUAUGCCACCGUAAUGCUUCGAGUUGAGCUGGAUGUGGAAACAAAAGACGAAGGCCUGCAAACUAAAGCCUUUAUGCUGAAGACUCCCCACCAAUCCGAAGCCUAUCGCAAAAUCAUAGAAAAAACCGAUGUAUUUGAUGUGGAGCGUGGAAUGUACCUGGAGGUGGUCCCCGAGCUGGAAAAACUGUACCGCGAUGUAGGUGUCGAAGUCACGUUUGGAGCAAAGGCCUACGAAUUACCAGCAGGCGAUUAUUAUGUCCUGCUGGAAGACCUCAGGCCACGGGGCUUCCGAAACGCAGAUCGUCUUCAAGGCUUGGACCAAACUCACACCGAGAAUGUCCUGCGGAAAUUCGCCCAGUGGCAUGCUGCCUCUGCGGUCAGGGUGGAAACCAAAGGACCCUUUGAACCCAAAUACACAGCUGGUUUGUUUAAAACUAAGGAUCUCGUGGAUGCUUUGUGCACUGGGAGUGCCAAAACUCUGCUGAAGCACGUCGAUAAGUACGAAGGCCAUAAGGCCUAUAUAGAGGACUUGACCAGUGUAUCAAAGAAGCUAUUUGAGGUGGUAGAUGAUCUGAACACCCCGAAAUCGGACGAGUUUAAUGCCCUCAACCAUGGCGAUGGUUGGUCGAAUAACAUAAUGUUUCAGUACAAUGACAAGAAUGAGAUACUGAACACGUACUUUGUGGAUCUUCAAAUUCCCAAAUACGGAACCGUGGCGCAGGACUUGUACUACUUCCUGCUCUCCUCAACUCAACUGGACAUCAAGACGUCCAAGUUCGACUAUUUCAUUUGGUUCUAUCACACGGAAUUGGUGAAGCAUUUAAAACUGCUGAAUUAUUCUAAGCCUUUGCCAAGUUUAAGAAGUCUCCAUGAUGCUCUGAAUAGAUACAGUGGCUGGGCCUUUAUAUGCUGCGCCUGCAUUAUGGGAUAUGUUUUGCUGGAUCCCACUGAAGAGGCUGACUUUGAUAAAUUACUCGCCAAUGAAGACUCUACCUUCAAACAGACCAUCUUCACCAAUCCCAGGUACAAAAAGCACAUGGAAGUCCUUCUGCCAUGGCUGCAUCAUCGUGGUGCCUUGUCAUAAAUUUUAAAUAAAUUAAUUAAAGACUCAGUAAAAAGUG